GUGGGGGUUGAAUAGUUAGUAGCUCUUGACGUCACCAGAGAGCGAAGCAUUGUAAUGAGUGCGCUCGGAGAGGACUAGGUCCUGAGUAAAGAGCGUCACUGUGAUAUGGCUGACGUGAUUUCAUUUGGAGUGAAGAUGAGCAUGCUUGUGUUUUUUUUGUGUUUAUUCUUGACAUCCUCUGCAUCCCGUGGACCUGAUUCCUUCAUCCAUCCAAGUGAAGGAAACUCUGAACAUCAUGAACACAAUUAUGAUGAAAAGAUGUUCCUCGGAGGAGAGGAAGAAGCAGAGGAUUUCAGUGACCUUAGUCUAGAAGAACAGUUAAAAAGGCUAAAAUCCAUUAUUCGAAAGAUUGAUCAGAGUGGAGAUGGAUAUCUCACAGAAGAGGAGCUAAGUAAAUGGAUCCAAAAGUCAUUCAGGCAUUAUAUCCUAGAGGAUACAAAAGAGUUAUUUGCUGAAUUUGAUAAAGAUAAAAAUGGAUAUGUUUCCUGGGAUGAGUACAAUAUUCAGAUGUAUGAUCGUAUCAUUGACUAUGAUGAAGAUGUGGUUCUUCAAGAUGAUGAGGAGGAAUCUUUUCGACUGAUUCACUUAAAGGACAAGAAGCGUUUCAAUUAUGCAGACAAAGAAGAUCCUCCUGGGCUGAAUCUGAUGGAAUUUACAGAUUUUGAGCACCCAGAAGAAUCUGAUCACAUGUUGGAAUUUGUCAUCGACAGAGCUUUAGAAGAACAUGACAAGGAUGGCGACGGCUUUGUUAGUCUUAGAGAAUACUUGGGUGAAUACACAGAUGAUCAAGAUUCUGUUGAAUUCCCUCAAUGGGUCAUUGUUGAGAAAGACAGGUUUGUGAAUGAUUAUGACAAGGACGGCGAUGGCAAACUUGACCCCACUGAACUGCUUUCAUGGAUAGUUCCCAAUAACAGAGAGAUUUCACAAGAGGAGGCAACUCAUUUAAUUGAAGAAAUUGACGAUGAUGAUGAUGGGCGGCUGAGUGAAGCUGAAAUCCUCCUCCAUCAAGACUUGUUUCUAACCAGUGAAGCUACAGACUAUGGCCGACAGCUAAAGGAUGAACACUUUUACCACGAUGAACUCUAAGUCCAGUUUGUCCACGGUGGACUAAUUAUGAACUGAUUUAUUUUUUUAUGUGUUUGUCACAAGCUUCACUGAAACAUAGUAGGCAUUUCUGUUCAUUCCAGAGAUGGUCAAUGUCUGGUUUAAGAUAUUUUUAUUUGUUUGAUAUUAAAACACUAAGCAGCUAAUUUUAUGAAAACUAUUAAAUUGUGGACCAGUGAUUGGAACGUAA